UGUUGAAACUCAAACGCAAGGAGCCUCUUCAUUUCUCUAGAGCCUUCCCCCCUUCCCCCCCUUUCUGUAGGGUUCUUACUUUGAAGAUUGCUUCUUACUCUCGCUUUUGCUCUUACCUUCCCUCGCUUGAUUUAAAUUUCACAUUUCUUUUGUCCUAGUUACGGUUUUUCAUCUUCCACUCUGCAAAUCGAUGGCGGCACCGGCUAUCUCCCAGCCCAGAUCCUCCAAGACCGAGUCCUACGUCGAUAAUAAACGCAAGGAGGAUAUACGCCACGCCAACAUUGUGGCGGCCCGAGCUGUGGCAGACGCCGUGAGGACUAGUCUUGGCCCCAAAGGAAUGGACAAGAUGAUUUCGACGGCAAGCGGCGAGGUUAUUAUCACCAAUGACGGCGCUACCAUUCUCAACAAAAUGGAGGUUCUUCAGCCCGCUGCAAAGAUGCUUGUCGAGCUCUCCAAAUCACAGGACGCCGCCGCUGGUGAUGGUACAACAACCGUUGUCGUUAUUGCUGGGGCGCUAUUGAAACAGUGUCUCUCACUCCUAUUUAGCGGAAUCCACCCCACGGUAAUCUCCGAUUCUCUUCAUAAAGCUUCUACUAAAGCUGUUGAUGUGUUAACUGCCAUGGCUGUUCCCGUUGAAUUGUCGGACCGUGAAUCCCUAAUUAAAUCUGCAAGUACUUCGUUAAAUAGUAAAGUAGUGAGUCAGUAUUCGACGCUUCUUGCUCCAUUGGCAGUUGAAGCGGUUCUCUCUGUAGUUGACCCUGCCAAGCCGGAUAUGGUGGACUUGAGGGAUAUUAAGAUAGUGAAGAAGCUAGGAGGAACCGUGGAUGAUACUGAGAUGGUUAAAGGGCUGGUGUUUGACAAGAAAGUUAGUCAUGCCGCAGGUGGGCCAACAAGGGUGGAAAAUGCCAAGAUUGCUGUGAUUCAGUUUCAGAUUUCCCCUCCAAAGACUGAUAUAGAGCAGAGCAUUGUGGUUUCUGAUUACACACAAAUGGAUAGGAUUUUGAAGGAAGAGAGAAAUUAUAUUUUAGGUAUGAUUAAGAAGAUUAAGGCAACUGGAUGCAAUGUUUUAUUGAUUCAAAAGAGCAUCUUGAGAGAUGCAGUCACAGAUUUGUCCCUGCAUUAUCUGGCAAAAGCCAAGAUUUUGGUGGUUAAGGAUGUGGAGAGAGAUGAAAUUGAGUUCAUAACUAAGACUUUAAAUUGCUUGCCUAUUGCAAAUAUUGAGCAUUUCAAGGAGGAGAAACUGGGGCAGGCAGAUCUUGUUGAGGAGGUUUCACUUGGCGAUAGCAAGAUUGUUAAGAUUAGUGGAAUUAGGAAUAUGGGAAGGACUACAACCGUGCUUGUGCGUGGAUCAAAUCAGUUGGUUAUUGAUGAGGCAGAACGAAGCUUGCAUGAUGCCUUAUGUGUGGUUAGGUGUCUGGUGAAUAAGCGAUUUUUAAUUGCUGGAGGUGGGGCUCCAGAGAUAGAAUUAUCGAGGCAGCUUGGGGCAUGGGCAAAGGUGCUACAUGGGAUGGAAGGAUACUGUGUAAGGUCGUUUGCCGAGGCACUUGAGGUGAUACCAUAUACUUUGGCUGAGAAUGCAGGUCUGAAUCCAAUUGCUAUUGUAACUGAGCUGAGGAAUAGGCAUGCUCAAGGGGAGAUCAAUGCUGGAAUCAAUGUCAGAAAAGGACAGAUAACAAAUAUCUUGGAGGAGAAUGUGGUGCAACCGUUGCUUGUGAGCACAAGUGCAAUAACACUAGCAACUGAAUGUGUACGGAUGAUUUUGAAGAUUGAUGACAUUGUUACUGUUAGGUAGUUUCAAACCAGAGAUGAUAUUUGUUUGUCUAGCAAUGCUCUGUUUGUUUUGUGCUUCUUAGUUUAUCGUAUGCUUGAAUUUAGCGUUAUGGUUCCUUUGUUGCUGAAAAUGUUUGUUUGUGUAUCUGGAUUUUUAUGCCAUUUUCAUCUGGAGGUUUUUUAGGUUUUACUUUA